AUAAAGAAUUCUUUACUCAAUUAUUAGAAAUAUUAGAAGCAGCAGUAAAAAAGUUGGAAGAACAGGAACAAUUAGAAGUAGAAUUACAGGAAAUUAAAAGGGAAAAACAAACCUUAGAAACUCAACUAACCACCUCAGAAUCCACCUUAAACCAAUUAAAAGAAAAAUUAACUAAACAAACCAGUGACCUAGAAUGGCAAACCCUAAAUCUAGAAGCCUGCCAGAUUUUAUCUAAUUUCUUAACUAAAGCCCUUAAAAAUAGUGAAAAUAUCACUAAGAGAGGGGAAGAAUUAAAGCAAAAAAUUAGGGAAGGGAAGAAUUCCAAUCCCCAUAUUUUGGAAGAGCAAAUAGAGGAGAUGAAGACUUCUCUUUAUCAGGAGAUAGAUAAGAUUACUUCCUUUGUGCUAGAGAAAGAAGGGAGUGAAGGGAAAUUAAAGGAGUUAGAAGAAAAGUUGGCAGGUUUAGUUGCUAGUAGUGGGUUACUUAGUCAACAA